CUCAACUGUCAGAUUCUCGGGUGCGCGCUACCAACCUAAGGAAAUUUGUGGUUCAGCUGAACCGGACGAUAGCGGUGUUUGUAAAACGGACGCAUGAAUUGAACCUCAGUUCAGUUGAACUCAAGUUCAGUUGAACUCGUGUUGAACCGGACAUUUGUAAAACCGGGCCUAAGUGUGUUAGUAAAAAUUUGGACUUAUUUUUGUUACUUAUUGUCAAUACUGAUAACGACGUUGGCUGCUGUUAAACUAUGUAUCGGAGAAAAUGACGAUUUCGGGCAGUGGAGUCGGUCUUUAAUGCUGCUGGUCAAUACUGGAUCGUGCUAUGUGAAGUUCAUACCAUUCCUGGUGAAUUCAUCACAAAUCAAGAAAUGUAUCUAUUUCUUUGGAAGCAAGAAAUUCGCACCGAAUAACGAACAAGCAGAAAGAAUUGUGGAAGAUUGCGUUUACGUUUGUAGACGAAAUUCUAAGAUUUAUUUCAGUAUAUUUACACUGACUGUACUUUCAUGGAAUGUAACACCUAUUUUUGAAAAGGAGCAAAAGCUUGCCAUUGACAUUUGGUUGCCGUGUGAUUUAACUACAAGACCAGUAUUAUUCUAUACAUUAUAUAUUUUCUGUGCUGCAGUGAUUUUUUAUCUCGGGCUUACCACAACCCCGAUCGAACUAAUUUUGGCAGGGUUACCAUAUCAUGCGACUGGCCAGCUUAAAAUUUUGGAGCAUAAUUUAUGUAAUCUUGGAAUAGUGAAAAAUGGAAGCGAUUUCAGAAUCACAUUUGAAAACGCAGAGAAAGUUUUACGGGAAUGUAUUUCUCUGCACAAUAAUAUAUUGAAUUUCGUUGGGGAAUUUGAAGAUUGUUUCUCUUGGAUUUUAUUUUUCCAAAUCGCCGCGACCACAUUUGGUCUAUGUUUCUGUUGCAUUGGAUUUACAUCGAACAACGAAUUGAGAGAUGCCAUUUACCUAGGUCCUUGGUACCGAUACGAUGUUAAAAUACGAAAGACGCUAUUAAUUAUCAUGGAACGUUCAAAAGUACCAAUUACUCUUACUGCUGGGAAGGUUGUCAAUCUAGAUUAUGGAAUCUUCACUUGGGCGCUGAAAACCAGUUACUCAUUGAUCGCAGUUUUGAAAAGUUUUUAAAAAAUUAUUCGUAAUGAUUUCCUAACA